CUGCUUCUGUGUAGUUUCACUUCCUCUUCGGCUUCUUGUUUCUCUGCAUGCUGGUUGGAUUCCUCCCCAGAGAACUUCCUCUCUGCUCGUCUGUUUCACACAGAAACACUAAAACAGUUUGUUUCAGGCUAAACAGAGCUUUUAUAUUCUUCUCUGGAGCUCUUUGACGCCGAACUGCAGGAGUGAAGCUGUGAUGGCAGACACAGCAGGAGGCUCUGACAUGGACCUGAUGUGUGCAGCUCCCUGUCUCACCACUCAGCAGCUGCAGCAGAAGUUGCGUUCAGAGAAGAAGACAGAACGUCCCGUCCGGCUGCUCUUUGAAAUCUCGUCGACUCGAACAGUUCAAGUGUUUCUGAGUAAACACGUGGUGUAUGAGCUCGUGGUGAUGCGCUCCGGCAGCUUCGAUUCCCGCCGCGUGUCCGUGGAGCGCCGUUACAGCGACUUUUCCCGCUUCCACCACACACUGCUGGAGGAGUUUGGCGAGGAGCUGGAGGAGGUGGUGCUGCCCCGGAAACACCUGAGCGGGAACUUCAGCCCUGAAAUCAUCUCAGAGCGCCGCCUCGCACUCCAGGACUAUCUGGCUCAACUUUACGCAACGCGCUGCGUCCGACGGUCUCCUCAUUUCGCCAGAUUCUUCACGGAGCAGGAGCAGCGGUGGGCGCACAGUCUGCUGCGGGCGGGCCAGUUCGCGCUCGCCGUGGAGCAGCUGCAGACGGUGUUAGAGGUGGAGGAGAAGCUGUUACCGUGGCAGAAGCCCACCCUGACCGUGCCCACCCUCUCCGCCCUCGCCGUCUGUUACCGGGACCUGGAGGAACCAGAGGAGGCGUUCGCCGCGGCGCAGAGAGCGCUGCCUGCUACCCGGCGCUACGGACUGAAAGGCUACCGCGCCUCGCUGCUGGACCUGCUGGUGGACCUGGGCUACCAGCUGGGACGUCCCGUCGCUCAGCUGCAAGAGGAGCUGAGCGUCCUCAGGGACGCCGAGAGGGGGGGGGUGUCCUCCCGCUCCCUGAAGGAGGUCGUCAUCCACGAGUUCACCUGAACGGCCAGGAUUCAAACAUUUAUGUCCUCCCUGAUAACAAGUGCAUAUUUUCUGUUUACUCCACUUUUUCUCCAGGAAACUACAAAAUAUUAAAUUGUCAUCACGGGAUGAACAGAGGAAAUGAAACAUGGCCGCUCAGGGCUUCCGUACCUGAGCGGCCUCCACAGCUGGCUUGUCCGGGUUUAUUGAUGUCAAAUAUGUUGUUAAAUAUGUUUAAUAAAUCUUGAAAUCUUAAGUUUGAAAUCAUUUUGAAUGAAUUACGUUGUAUUUAAUCAGGUCUUUAGAUUAUUAAAUAAAAGUAAAGGUGUCACUCCCUCACAGUUUAAAACCUUUGAACUCUUUGUUAGUAGUUCAUGUUCUGUGUCUUACUCUGUCAAGCGUCUUUGAGUUUUUAGAGAAGCGCUAUACAAGUAAAAUGUAUUAUUAUUAUUAUUAAAUGUGCAAUUCAGAGAAUAAAGUGAAGCUGCUGAGGAACUAAUGCUGCAUCCUGUCGCUGCGUCAUG